AUGUCUGCCGACAGAGCGUCCUCUGACCUCUGCAGCACAGCUUGGCCGGAGAUAGACACGUCCUCCUGGCAACAAACUUUGGCUUCCACUGCACAGGAGCGAGAAAGAAUUGUUGCAAGCCUCAACCAGGAGCUCUGCUUGCUGGAGGGACUCAUGAGCCAGACCGUCGCUACAAUAUCGGCUUGUCCUCAAUCACUGGCUGGAAGCGGAUCACCACGGUCUCCAAUCAACGCAUGGGUGAAAUCUGCAUAUUCGGGUAUUGUGUCCCCGUCGGUUCCUCCUUUCAUUCAGCCUCCAAGCAUGGGACCGGAAUCCGUGCAGCUUCCACCGCAGACCAGGUCAGCUUCCACGCCGUCCUUGGGCAAAAUCCAGACCGCAUCUCGUUCCGUCGGCUCUUGUCAAGAAGCGAGGAAGGGAGCCAUGGGAGCCAAAGCCACGUUGCAGAGCAAAGCGAAGCCUGAAGCGGUGAACGCGCUGAACCGUCAAGCGGCGACUCGAGCACCCGCCCGGCGCAGGGGCAGCGCACUGCCAGCAUGGCCAAACCCGAAUCAACGGGGACCUGUCGAGCCGGUGCAGACGCCUCCGUGCCCGCGGCCCCUCGUGCAUCUCUGA